CACUGACACAAUGUAAACAGAUGUGAUAGAAAAACAAGACACAUUUUGCAACGAACUUGAAGUGGAAGUCAAAAAUACUAAAACAAUGAAAAUAGAAAUAUUUCCCGCGAUAUUUCUGUUAACAAAUCUUUUGUGCGCCUUGGCUCUGAUUAAGCUGUCGCCCGUACCAUGCAACAACAAACCUGUGGAGAAGCUUUCCAAACUGGCGAUCACCUACAUCAAUGAAGAUAGAACCGAGGGAUAUAAAUUUGCCCUCAAUAGAAUAUCCAACGUUCACCUUCACGCUCAGGGUCCAGCUGGAAAUGUCUACUACCUCCUUCUAGAUGUGUUGGAGACCAAAUGUCAUGUCAGAAGCCCCAAACCUUGGAAACGAUGUGAUGUCAGGCCCUUUAUGGAAACACAAAUCUCUGGGAGCUGCAACACUACAAUUCUUCACACAGCCGGAGGAUACUCCUACCUCUACAGCUAUGACUGUACACUGAUGCCUGACCCUCCAGAAAAACUGCAGCAAACCUGUCCAACCUGCCCCCUGCUUCUACCUGUAGACAGCCCUAAGGCGGUGCACGCUGCUGGGUUGACCCUACUCAGAUUUAAUACCCAGAGCACUCUGCCCACCAGCAUGGCCCUGCAGAACCUCACCAGGGCCUCUGUACAGAAUAAGCCAGUUCCAGCCACCUAUGUGGAGUACACCGUUCAAGAGUGUCGCAAGGCAUAUGUGGGCAUGUGUGUCCCGGCAGACAAGCGUGGAGACCCAGCUGGGUUCUGUAUGGGGGCGGUGUAUGGAGAUAUCGGCCAACCAGAUGUGGAGGUGUCUUGUGAAAUAUUCCACCCACAGGGCACAGAUGUUGUUUAUGAUGCGACUCGCCCUCAACCACCAAUGAUCUCUGAAGUUGCUACCUUAGUUCCCGACAUUCCCAUCUCAGUUACAAAAGUCCCUGUCAUCAUCCCCUCCAGCUCCACAGCAUCCCCGCCUAUUCUGGAUGACUCCCAACCACCACUCUUUGACUUUGUGCCACCGUCCUCCAGUGAGUCUCAGGAGACUCCAGGUUUUCCAUUGUCUCCCUACUCUCCAGGAGUUCCAGAUUCAUCCUCUGAGGAGUAUGGAGGAACUGUAGUCCGGCCGCCCUUCAACUUCCGUUACCGUCCCCUACGCAGACGGAGGCAUUCCUCAGUGACAGCCAAGCCCCCUCACACCCCUGUCUUCCUGGCUGAGUUCCCCAGCUCACCUUCUCCUUUCCGAUCCUGCCCCGGUCUUUCUCGCUACACUACCGCGUAGACUAGGCAACGGCCAGGGCUUUCUUUAGUUUGGUCUUUAGUUUGACCUUCUUGCAAAAAUGAAUACAUUUCUCAAUGCAAUGUUUCACAGUUCCUAAAUUAUGUAGAGAUUACUUUGAAUUGUUUUGGGUAAAUCAGGAUCUGAAUCUUUGGAAGGUUGCUUUUUCCAAUUGAAGCUUUGGCCACAACUGUGAGUAUAGAGGACCAGUCAACAACAUUAUUUGUGCACGAGUACACCCUAUAUAUACAGUUUUACUGUCCCGUUAAGGUACGUUAAAUCCUAACAAUAAUUGACUGAAUGGAUUUGGUUAAUAAUUUUGUUAUUUUUCUGAAUUUAAAUUGACAAAGAUUAACUGGCACCUGGAAUUUAAACACACCCAAUAAAUUAUGAAGACAACAGAAAGGUUGCAAUUCGCUAAUAAUAGUAUUUCUAUCAACACCUCUUAACAAUUUGCAAUUGGGGGAAACACAUUAUAACACAAACUGCUAUAUACUAGUACUACAUGCUAGUAUCAGCCUUUUGGUUUUAUUGAUUCAGAGAAUAUAUCUAAAUAAUUUUGUUCAAAAUCAUAGUAAUAGCUAUAUAUUAUAAUAAUCAUCUCCAAAAUAUGUAAAUCUACCUCACCAGCCAAUUUGCUAGCCACCAGUAGUUUGUUCCCACAAAUAGUUGUUGUAAAGUAAAUUGUUGUUUCAAAGUAAAAAACAACUGUUAAAUACCAUGGAAUGUUUAGUAUAUGUUAUGUUAUUGUUGUUUUUAAGUGUUUGUACAUAGUGCUAACAUGAACGUAGCAUUUGCCAGUGCAACUCAAGAAUGACCCGGAUUGUCUUGAAUGUUGCUAAUUUCAUCUGGUAUUUCCUGUGAAAUUCUGUUGAAUUUCUGAUUCAGUGUAUGUUUGAUAUUUUAGUUGGUAAUGACAUCUCUCCUAUGCAAACGUAUUCUGAAGUUAAUAGUUAUUUCUUCUGUAAGUUAUAUUUCUGAGGGUUCUUUGAGACUUAAGUUCAGACAUUUUAAUCUGAUAUAAAACAUUAAUUAAACAGACUUGCAAAGUUGACUCUAUAUUACAUUUUUGUCUCGCUGUUGGAGUGAUUGUCUGCGCUGCAAUUGGAGUGCAGCGCAGACACAUCUUUGACACAAUACUUUUGAUCGCCUUUGAAAGACAUUUCAUACUUUUAAGUUUCCUACUGCACAUCCCUAACCCAGGAAAGGACUUCAAUCAGAAGUUGGCCCAGUCGUUCAUAACCAUUUAAUUUCCUGUGGCCUUAUAUAGCCCAGUAUUCCCAUUACUAACCAUAUAAUGCAAUUCUUUGCAAAUUUUUUGCUAAAAAUUGACAAUUAGGCCAAAAUCAUGGAAAGUUUUCGCAGUGUGAUUGUGAUGCAGAAGGUCAUGAAUUUGAGCUGAGGCUUCCCUGGUGAUAAACAAAGGCAAAGUCUGAGUUUGACAUGUUGACAGAUUUUGAUGCUAUCUUGCCUUUUGCUAAGAUCGUCACUUUGUGAGGCAGACAAUAUUGCCUUUUCAUAUCCCACUGUACUCUUCAGUUCCGCUCACCACUUCCACUCUCAACUUUGUUAACCCCAUGAUUUUCUCAUUGUCAUAUAGUGUAGAGCAGUGGGAAUUUCUUUUCCAUCAGGCUCAGUGUAGUGUGGAGGGAAUCCACAUAAGGUACAGAAAAGAAAACCAGAGAAAACACAAGUUAAAAUUCAAAUGACAUAUUACAAUAUCUCAAUUUACAGCACUCCCAGGGUGAAGCCAGUCUUUCAGAAGAUUUAUUACAGUAUCAGAAGGUUUGUUAAAAUAUAUUUUCAUAUACAUGUAAUACCCUAGGGUGAAGUCUGGCUUUCAGAAGGUUUAUUACAAUAUCUCUUCAUAUAAUACCCUAGGGUGAAGCCUGGCUUUCAGAAGGUUUAUUACAAUAUCUCUUCAUAUAAUACCCCAGGGUUAAGCCUCUUUUCAGAAGGUUUAUUACAAUAACUCUGUUUAUAUGAUACCCCAGGGUUAAGCCUCUUUUCAGAAGGUUUAUUACAAUAUCUCUGUUUAUAUGAUACCCCAGGGUUAAGCCUCUUUUCAGAAGGUUUAUUACAAUAUCUCUGUUUUUAUGAUACCUCGGGAUUCAGCCUGGCUUUCAGAAGGUAUAUUUUGCACUCACAGAUUAGCUGUCUGUGGUGCUGAGCUUUAGUUCUGGUUUGUGCUUUCCUUGUGUUCUUUU